UGGCGCCAACUGUCAGAGUGUGCAACAUUUGUAAUUUCAAAUAUGACAGGUUUUCUAACCUAAACAGUCAGAACCUUAACGAUUAAUAUCUCGUUGCAGGGCAAAGCGACACUUUUUUCUUGUCAAAUCUUUCUUUUUACGCGAAAACACAUCGACUAAGUAUAUUUUUAUGGAAAUUUGAGCGGGUUAAAGUAAAUAUUUAUCCACAUUAAGAGUGAUUUGAUCCUGGAUCUAACCUUAAUGUGCCUUGAUUAGCUUUGAUGGUCGCGUGGUCGGUGUUUAGUCUUUUACGUGAAAUAAAUUCCAUCUAGACAAGAAUAAAUACAAUUUCUCUCUCUUCCUACGCGUUUUAAUUAUAUUACGAUAGUAUGGCUGCGGACACAGGUCAGAUAGACGAAAGCGUAGAAAUAAAACUUUUAAUUAAUUUCUCUGUAGAUAGAGUUUUCAAUCUGUCUCAGAAUUUAUACAGCAUAUUAAAUGGUCAGUACGAGGAUGUACUAAAUAAUGAUCUUUCUGCAUAUACAAUCAAAGCAGUGAGCAAUGGUGACAAUUUGGAAGAGAUUGUGCAUAAGGAUAUAAUAAAAAAUGAUACGCAUCUGUUAUGGUUGCAAACAGGAAUAGCCUCAUUGUUGUACUUUGGCCAAUGCAAUUGGACAGGUCCGUGCAUUGAUAAGAACAUUGAUUGGUUGGCCAGCAGGAGGAGUGAAGCUCUUAAAGAGUUAUCGUUGCAUGAUGAGUGUAAUAUAAAUGUACAAAAGCCAGAACUUCUCUGGCUGUCUAAGAAAAUAUUCUCCAAUUUAGAGUUGCAGCUGAAGUACAAAAGUUGCAUUUGGUGGCUGUUUAGAGCUAAUUUAUUACAUCAGUGUGUAUUAGAUGAGAAUUUGGGGAUACUGUUUGAAGAAACCGAGAAUCUAAUUGUGCAAAUCAGUGGUCUUCGUAUAUUAGAAGAUCUUCUUUGCAAGCUUUUAUUUAAUCUAGAAGUUGCCAGAUUUUAUUUGUAUCACAGAAGGACUCAGAGUUCUGAGAGAUAUCUUGAAUGCGCACAAAACGUAGCAGGCUUAACGUUAAGUCUGGAGGGUGCAAUGGGAAAGCGCACAAAGUAUCAACAAGAGGAAAAGGCACAAUUAUAUUUAAAAGUAGAGAUUAAUAAAGACAUUUUUCCGUCGAUAAAUUGCGAGGACAUGCCGAAGUCAGUGAAUUUAGACGACGAAUUGAGGUUGGAACGUAUUGAAUUUUCGGAAUGCAAAGAGGAGACUCAAUUGGGUAUGUUGGAGGAAGCAGUAAUUUUAGCGAAAUAUGUUCAGUUGCAGCUGUGUCAACCGAAGCACAAACUUACUGAUGAGGAAAUUAAGCCCUACCUAACUAGAGUUAUAGAGAACACUAGGAACUGGUCGUUAAAGAUGACUUCCUUGUGCCAUCGUUGUUCAUUGGAAUCCGACGACAAGAGAACCGUCGAACGAUCAAUGAUGCAAGCGGAGUCUUUACUAAACGAUUAUAAUAACGGCGAGGCGUCUGUAGCUAGAAGAAUGGAUCUGUUUUUUGCAAGCGGAAUGAAACCUAUUUGGACGUUGAAGGAGAAGUGGGCCAAUGUGAUGUUCAGUCUUGGCUUGGUAAAGGGUGCUCUACAAGUUUUUAUAGAGUUGGGAUUAUCGGAGGACGCGAUCGUUUGUUAUCACACAUUAAAUUUGAAGCACAAGGCAGCUGAGAUCAUUCAACAAGAAUUAUCUAAAAGGCCAACGGUGAAACUGUGGUGCCUAUUGGGGGAUGCAACUGGAGAUGUAGAUCACUAUGAAACAGCAUGGAAAUUGUCCGAAGGGAAAAGCAGUAGAGUGCAGAGGCACUGGGGUUUCUAUCAUUUUGCAAAGAAAGAUUAUGUUAAGGCUGUACCACAUUUAAAGUUAUCAGUCGAGUUAAAUAACAUACAAGAACUCGUGUGGUUCAGGCUGGGGUAUGCAGCACUGCAGACAGAGGAUUGGAAGUUAGCUGCUACGGCAUACAGGCGCUACUGCGCUUUAGAACAAUCUUCUUUCGAAGCGUGGAACAAUUUAGCGAAAGCAUAUAUAAAACUGGGAGACAAGCCAAGAGCCUGGAAGUCUCUACAGGAUGCCAUAAAAUGUAAUUACGACCGUUGGGAAGUAUGGGACAACUUGAUGGUUGUCAGCGUUGAUUUAGGGCAUUUUUCAGAGGUUAUUCGUUGUUACCAUCGCAUUUUAGACUUGAGGGGCAACUAUUCGGAUAUUCAAGUGCUUCAAAUAUUAGUGGAUGCUAUAAUAAAUAACAUCAAUGAUGCGGAUGGAAAUACGGCCUCUCGCUUGCUUCAGAGUAGUUUGACAUUAUUUGGAAGGAUUACUUCUAGCACUACUAACAGUCCGGAUAUUUGGAGAAUGUAUGCUCAACUCACUGCGCUAAGAAAAACGGACGUCGAUGCGGAGAAAGCAGCACAGUAUCUGCAACAGGCGCACCGUGCUGCAGUUUCAAAUCCAAAUUGGCCUCGCAGUGAAGAUACAAUUCAAAAUAUGUCUUUCAUGGGGAAGGUUGUCCUGAUAACAGGAGCCAGCUCGGGAAUUGGAGCUGCGACGGCUGUCCACUUGGCUCAACUUGGUGCCUCAUUGUCGAUACAUGGGCGCAAUAUGGAUAAUUUAAACAAAGUAGCUGAACAGUGCGGGAAAUCUAAGACGUUUGUCGUGACGGGAGAGCUGACUAAUGAGAGCGACGUGAAGAAUAUCAUUGAUUCUACGGUCAAGCAUUAUGGCAAAUUAGAUAUUCUAGUUAACAAUGCCGGUAUUCUGGAGACUGGUACCAUAGAGUCCACAAGUGUGGAGCAGUACGACAGAGUCUUCAACAUAAACGUUCGCUCAGUGUAUCACCUGACAGCACUAGCGGUGCCACAUCUGAUCAAGACAAAGGGCAAUAUCGUCAACGUUUCCAGUGUAACCGGAUUGCGAUCUUUCCCAGGUUGCUUAGCGUAUUGCAUGAGCAAAGGAGCUGUGGAUCAAUUUACACGCUGCAUCGCUCUGGAAUUAGCAGAAAAGCAGGUGCGAGUAAACUCUGUAAAUCCUGGAGUCAUAGUAACGAAUCUUCACGAGAGAAGCGGCAUGAACAAGGAGCAGCUGGCCGCCUUUUUCGAUCAUAGCAAAGGAACACACGCCCUGGGAAGAACGGGCGAUGUUAAGGAAAUCGCGAAAACCAUCGCUUUCUUGGCGAGCGAUGACGCCAGCUUCAUCACAGGCGCCACAUUGCCGGUGGAUGGAGGUAGGCACGCCAUGUGUCCGCGUUAAAAAUCUUACAUCAUUUUUUAACUGAUACAUGGUAUUAUAUUUCAUGUAUUGGAUACAUCGUGUAUCACAUUUACAAUAAUAGAGCAUCCGCGCGAGGAUUAUAUCGGUUGAAUCGAUUGAUCCUAUACAGUUCUGCUAGACUUUUGGUUUGCUCGUUACGUUUUUUGUUACGGUUGUCACAUUCAUUUUCCCCAUUCUCUUCUCAUCAGCAAUGCAAUACAUGAAUUCAAUACAAUUGAUAAAAUUAUUUCAAAUCGUACUUUCGAGAGAAAUGCUAUUUUGGCGCAAAUAUAAUAUUAUAUUAAUGUCGAUGGAGAUAAAUUUACGCUGCUUAAAAAAAUGUUUACUUUUUUUUAAGUAGCGUCAGCGAAAUAUAUAAAGAAUAUUUUUUAAUUCCUAGUUUUUUAAAUUCCUAAAUAUACAUAGGUAUUGUAAAUUGUAACUAAUCUUGAUACUUUAUUAUAUUUGUAUGAAACAAGUACUUAUAUAUUUGUACGGGAUAGAAAAUAAAGGUGAAUGGAA